CUCCAAUUCCUCCAAUUUACCGCCAUCAUGUCUGCAACUUCAGGAAUCGGUGUGUCCCAGGAUCUUUCUACCCGGUUUUUAGCAGCCGUCGAUUCCAAAGAUACAAGAUUUAUCAAAGUCUCGAUCGACAAUGAAUUGCUUGUCCACGAUCUGUCUGUUCCUGUCCAAGGAACACUUUCAGAAGAUCUGGCCAAGCUACAGGAUUCUGAAAUAAUACGGGAUGACGUUCCUGCUUAUAUUCUUGUCCGGCUCGAUGAGCCCCCUACCCAAUGGCUCGUCAUUGACUUUGUUCCCGAAGGGACUAACGUCAGAUACAAGAUGCUCUACGCCGCAUCACGACGCUCCUUGACCCGUUCCCUUGGUUCCUCGGUCUUCACCGACUCCAUAUUCGUGACCUCUAAGGAGGAUCUAACAGAGGCAUAUGCUGCGCAUCGGCGACAUGUCACCGCGCCACAACCACUCUCUACUCGCGAGCAGGAAAUAGCAGAUGCGCGCGCUGCGGAACGCGAAGCUGGUGCUCACAGUUAUCGCCCCAAAGUCAACCCUAUAGGGCAUGGUGUUGGCCUGAACUGGUCCGACGAAGUCGAAGAUGCUAUUAAAGCUCUGGGGCAUGGUGAAGGUUCCGGAUUGGUUCUAAUGAACAUUGACAUUCCAACAGAAACAUUAACCCUUGUAUCUUCGACUUCCGCAUCUGUAAAGGACCUUUCGUCUGCCCUUCCCACUUCUGAACCUGGCUAUGCCUUCUUUGCUUGGUCGCACUCGCAUUCCUCGUCUCCUCGUCGCGACAUCAUAUUCAUCUACUCGUGUCCGUCAACAUCGCCAAUUAAGCACCGAAUGCUAUACUCCACCAGUGCAUAUCCCAUCUACAUGGUGGCGAAAACACUUUUACCCCCUGAUGUUGUCGCAGCGCGUCGGAUCGAGACCUCUGAUCCCAAAGAGAUAACAGAAGACUAUCUGAAGAUUGAACUCAAGCUUACUUCCGAUAACAGUGCUUCUAACGCGUCAGAACUGCCCGACAGCGGGGAGAAGAAACCUUUCGCGAAGCCCAAAGGUCCUAAUAGGCGUCGGUAGAUAAGCUUCGUGUAGAUCCAGAGAAAAUAUCGUACAACUCACCUUUCCUGUACAAUUGCUCAACAUGUAAACGUAGGCAGUCGACUCAAGACUAUUCCUUGAGUAUUCCAGUGUCCAC